AUGAGCAGCAGGCACGGCGUGAGUCGUGAGGUGGCCAAGACCAUUUCGGCGCGGAAGAAGGUGAAGUGCUCCGGCGAGGCGCCGUGCACGUAUUGUAGCAAGCGAGACCUCGAAUGCCAGUUCCCCGAGCCGGGGAAGAAGCGGGUCUAUUCCGUUACGAGGAUACAAGAUCUUCAGGAGCGGCUCGCUCGUUAUGAAGGCCAGGGGUUCAGCCUCGAGACGACACUUUCACGGGAUCAUGAGACUAGUAGAGUACCGAGGGGCCAAGCGGGAUCCCCAGACCGACCGCCGACGAGGGCGACGGCGCAGACGCCUACGGAUAAUGCGACGCAGGUGAAUGCAGCUUCAACUCUGCUAGGCUUAGCUUUGGACCAGCUCACAUCGCCGCCAUCGACCAAUCCAACAUCUGGGGGUCACGGGAAUCAUGUCAUUGCAUCUUCUCCAGGCUCUGCCAUCGCGGCAGACUCGUCACUGAGCUCAAGCCACAACUUUGGCUCACGCCUACAAAAUCUUUUGGAGCAUCCACGUCUGGGCCGGCGAGAACCGAUGCAACCCCCCGAUCGUUCCCUCUCUCAGACAACGACCCUCAAACCCCACGACGAUGCUGUCGGCGGCAGCGGCGACGGCGGCGGCGGUAUCACGCUGCCCUCGGAAGACGAGGCCCGCCGGCUCUUUGAGAGCAUGACCUUCUUCAUCGGGUACACGCAGCACCACAUUGACACGCGCGAGUUCUCGGACCGUCUCGCCUUCUUUUACGCCAACCUGGGGGACACCUCGCAGGCGACGUCGCAGGCGCAGAUGCCGUGGUACCUGGAGAUGCUGCUCGUCUUCGCCAUCGGGAAGCUCUUUUCGGGCGGUUUCGACGGCGAGGGCGGCGGCGGCGGCGACGAGAAGAGCGGGCGGCCGGUGACACCCGGGUCGAGCAUGUUUGCGCACGUGCAGGCUAGGUUGCCGAGCUUGAGCGAGCUGUAUAGCUUGGGGAAGUUGGGCAUCGAGAUUCAUGCUUUGGCGGCGGUGUAUUUGCAGAAUGCGAAUCGUAAGGAGGAGGCAUAUCUUUAUAUCAGCUCGGCUCUUAGAUUGGCGACGACGCAUGGGUAUCAUCGCAAGUCUGGGACGCAACACUUGCUGCAGUCGGAGAAGGUGCAUUUGAACCGCCUCUGGUGGACUGUGUAUAUGCAAGAGAGACGACUCGCAGCAGCGACGGGCAAUCCGUCUGGGAUCCUCGAUGAUGUCAUUGAGAUUGACAUGCCGACUGACUCGCCAGGAUUUCCGCCGGCGCUUCCACUUCGAACGAAUAUCAAAAUCGCGAGGGUUACCGGAAGGAUCCUGUCAACAAUUUAUGGACCAGGAACCCAUCCAGAAGAAACGUUUGUUCCAAACGUGCAGGAGAUUGUGCAGUCACUAUACUGGAUCGCCAAAGAGAUUCCGGGCGAGUUCUCGCCCAAGCUAUCUGAUAUGCCAUCGACGGAAGGCGACGUCUCGCUGAGAACCUCGGCGUAUCUCCACAUGAUGCUUUACCAAGCGAUUCUGCUGACGAUAAGGCCUGUCAUGCUCCACGUCUCCAAACUCAUCUUUGACGAGGAAAGUGGAAGUAGUUUGAGCUUGGGGGCAUCGCCGCUUGGGCGACUCAGCCGAACGUGUUCGGAAGCGGCCCGUCGACUAUUGGAAGUCUUGAUGUUGUUACGAAGGAGGAAUAUUCUGACAACCUUUGGCUUCUUUGACCUGGACGCCAUAUUCUCGGCCGCCUUCAUCAUGAUCCUGACGCUCACCAUCGACUCGACCUGCGAUGAGAGCCAGAAACUAGCACCAAGCCCGGGAUUAUCCGAAGCCCUGGAAAUCCUCGAUUACUUGGUGGGCCGCGGCAACGAGUUUGCGCUCCAACGCGCCCGGGAAGUGCGGCGGAUGCGCGACCACCUCUCGACGUUUCUGGACAUUCCCAAGAACAGCCCGAGCGAUUUCCGGACGCAUCCCCCGGUGGUGGCGGCUGGAUCGGGUUCUGGCGGGGGCCAGCAAUCGCCGGCGACGAUCGUCGUGUCCACGUCGUCAGAGAAGGGGACCGGUGACGACGCCAGACGAGCGCGCCAGCAGGGGUUCCGCGAUGCGACGACGACGAGGGGAUCGGUGGAAAGAGGGGGCUUGACGCCGUCGGGUGGUCGUAGGGCGAGCCAGUUGGGAUCGAGAAGUCUGCUGGACUCGAGUCUGUGGAAUGAUAUUUCGUACCUGUGGAUGCAGCCCACCGGAGCUGAGGACGCGCAGGCUCUUGAGCAGGCGGAGGGGAUGGCGGAUCUGUUGCCCGAAGAUGUGUAUAAUUGGAAUUCAAUCUAUCACAGCCAGGAUUUGGCUCUGACGGGGCAAGACUUGGGAGAUUUUGGGGAGCUGGAGAGGCAUAUUCUAGGAUUUGGCGGGUGA